AUGCAAGAGGAAGAAGAAGAUGGAAAUUGGAAAUUAGACAAUGAUGACUCCUUAGAAUGUUUUUUUAAACUCAUGGAUUAGUUUCACCAUAAUUUGGCUCAUUUGAAAAUUUGUUGA